AUGAGCGCUCGCGGAUUGACCGCCGGAGGUCGACCCCAAACAGAUUUCCUUCAACGAAGCUCCCAAUUGGCCAGCACAACCUCCUCCUCCUCCGUACGCUCACUGAAAAUCACAGCCCUUGGGGGCCCCACGGCCAGGGGUGCUUCCCGGGGGACCAGGCAAGCAGGUCCGGUUCUUUGCCGCUCCAAACGCUUCACAUCCGCGUCGUCUCGCUCUGACGCGACGGGAAGUGAACGAGGUAGACAUGGCAACGGACGGCUGGAGUCUCUGCAGGAAUCUUUGACUUCUGGCCAGAGAGCUGCAUCCAAGGCGACAGCAGCACUGCUGGCAGCUCUCAUCACUCUCACGCCGACAGCCGCCGCCUGCUUCGCACCAUGGUCAGCUGAAGCAGCUUCCACGAAGUUCCCUUGCGAGGAUGUGGAGCAGUACUAUGCAGGGACGCAGGGGCUGAAAGGGGAGGCGCUAAAGGCGAAGCUGCACGACAUUAUAAAGGGUCACAAAGUGUACACCUACACCGAGGCAUGGGAUGCUCUGAAGAUUCUUGAUGCAGCGGACCAAUCAGAUCCUGCUAAAUCCCGUGACGUUGUGGAGAUCUACACGCGUAGAGCAGUGCCCAAGGACACGCAAGCCACGCCUGAAGGCUGGAACAGGGAGCAUCUGUGGCCUCGCUCCUAUGGCCUCACUCAAGGCCGCCCUGAGUUCUCCGACCUUCACAAUCUGAGACCUGCUGAUGUCAAUGUCAACUCCGCACGAGGCAACAAGUGGUACGGCGAAUGCGCGUCCACUGAUGGUACCUGUAUGGUGCCGGCCAACAGGGAGGCAGCAGCAGAUACCGCCACCAACAAGGACGUCUGGACUCCCCCCACUGAAGUGCGGGGAGACAUAGCACGCGCCCUGCUCUACAUGGCUGUGAGAUACGACGGCUCCGUGCCAGGCGAGCUGGACCUCGAGCUCUCAGACGACCCCAAAAUCGCCGAGGGCCAGAUGGGGCUGCUCUCACCGCUCCUCAAGUGGCACGCCCUCGACCCGCCCUCAUCACAGGAGGCCACGCGUAACGCCCGUGUGUGCUCUCUCUACCAGCACAACCGCAACCCCUUUGUUGACCACCCCGAGUUCGUCUCCCUCAUCUGGACCCCCGGGCCAGCCUCGGCACCAGCUGUAGGCUCGGGAGCAGACUUGGCCGCAGGCUCGGGAAGCGGGUUCAGCUUGCCAGGAGCAGCGCCGCCCGUGGGAGUGCCGGUGGGGGGAGCCUCGGGGGCGGCAGCAGGGGGGGCGAGCGGGGUGGCUGCUCCGCGGGUGCCUGGUUUGCAGGCAAAGGCAUGGUUCAAUGAAAUUCACUACAGCAAUGAAGGGCCGGAUAAGAACGAGUUCAUUGAGGUGGUUGUGAGUCCAGGCGUGGAUCCCUCGACCCUCACCAUCUACCUCUACAACGGAGCCAACGGGAAGACCUAUGGGAAGCUUCCACUCUCCAAGUUCAACCUUCCUCCCACCAACGUGAACGGCUUCGUGGUGUAUGGCAACACGUACGCUCAAGGAGGGCUGCAGAAUGGUCCAUCCGAUGGCAUGGCGCUCGUUUCACAGCCGGCAAAUGGCCCUGCCACUGUGAUUCAGUUCCUGUCGUACGAUGGCGAGUUGGUUGCUGUGGAUGGGCCAGCAAAGGGCUUUAAGUCGACAGAUAUUGGAGUGAAGGAGACGGAUAACUCGCCUGCUGAGAGCGCUCUUGGGCUGAUUGGAGUUGGGAAGAAGUACGAGGACUUCAAGUGGUCCAAGUUCAACAAGAAUGCGUCGCCUGGCCGUGUCAAUAUUUUGAGUGCCAUUCUCGCAACUACCAUUAGAAAUAUUGGUUCCGCUAGUCGAGAGCGUUAUCCGGCAGUUACUGAGCUUUCACGGAGUCAGUUCUCAUCCGACGACAACCCUAGCUGUUUUCGCGUAUCAUGGAUCCGGCAACCUGCGUGGGAGGAGGAUAACCAUGUAGGGGAGCAGGAGCGGCGAAGACCGUCAAAAGAACGGGAAGCGAAGCCGACGAGAAAAAAGAAAGAGAGCGGCGGAAGCAGCAGCAGCAGCGGUAAGAAGGCGGAGUCAAACGGUCCGACAAUACCUGAGGAGUUUAUGUGUCCGCUGUCGUUAACUGUCAUGACUGACCCCGUUAUAAUCGCAUCAGGCCAGACGUACGAGCGUGCUUCUAUCGAGCGGUGGUUCGCGGAGGGUAAGCGGACGUGUCCCAAGUCCGGAGUGCGAAUUGAUCAUACAAACUUCUGCCCGAACUUUGCCCUAAAAAGCAUGAUCUCUGAUUGGAUGGCGCAAGGUUCGGGCAGCCACACUUCAACUGCCCGACCCAGCACUGCCCCAGUGAAAAAAUCCGCGUCUCAUUCGGAGAGCGGUCCAAGCGACCACGAUCCCGAGCGGUUGUCUGAUGGGGCAGUGCGGAAGAAAAAAGUGGUCAAGAAAAAGAGCGCGGACGGCGGGGAGGAGAGCAAAGGGGAGAGAGGGCGGAAGGCGUCAGGCUCGGGAAGUGGUUCGGACGCCGGUGGUAAGGCGCGGGGGAGGUCCGUCAGCCCGCUGCCGUCGAACCUGUCAAAGAAAGUGGCGGCGAUGGGCGGGGAUGGGCAGGGAGGGGAGGGACCGACGGAUAUUAAAGCCGUAUGGGAUUCUAUAGCGUCGCAGAGCAGCAAGCCUAAGAAGGCAGGAGGUUUGCAGCGGCAUUUAUCGUACUUUCCGCGCGGUGAAGAUGGGUUCGGAUCUCCCGCCGACGAUGACGAUGACGUGGGGGGGAAGCUUUCCGCAGGAGUUUCCGCGCUCAAGUUAGGCCGCAGCGGCGGCGGCGGCGGCGUCGGGGGUGGCGGUCAGGGGAAGGUAUCAGAUCUUAUGAAGGGGAGGAGUAUGAAAAUGACAAGGAAGCAGCGGGAUAAGCUACUAUCGGAGAUAGGAGCGGAUGGGGUUAGAGGCGCCGCGGGGCUAAGGAUGCCCGCCGAUGCGCCGUCGUCGGGCGACGCGGACGAGGCGGCGCCGCCUUCGCUGCGCAGCAGCGCGAAGAUGCGGUCCCAGUCGGAAACGGGCAGGAAGGUGAAAAAGUCCGAGCGGGACGCGGAUAGGGUGGCGGGCGGGGGAGGGGGGAGGGGGGAGGAGGAGUACGGCGGGCACGGGGAGCACCUGGCGCCAGCGGGGAGAACUUUGGCGGGGGGAGGCGGAGGCGGAGCAGGCGCGAGCAUGUCCCCUCUGCCGCAGCGGCCGGGGUCGGUGGGGCACGGGCGGGUUCCUAGCGUUAGCAGCAACAGCAGCGGGAGCAGCACGGGCGGGCGACGGCACUUCGGUAUGGACUCUACUGAUGGGAGCAGCAUGGGCGGCGCGAGCAGCGCCAGCGGCGGCAGGCGGCAGUUCGCCGCGAAUCCCGGCGAUGAGCGGCCUAGGACCUCGGGCGCCGCGUUCGGGGGGGAGUACGGGCAGGGGGGCGGGGGCGGGGGGGAGCCGUGGAGGGGCGCGGGGUCGGGAAUGGCGCCUAGCGGAAGCACCGCGGGCAGGCCUAAGGGGCUGCGGAAAGGCGUGCUUAAAAACGCUGCUGGCGCAGCUGCUGCUGCUGGCGGAGGCGGCGGCGGGGGCGGGGGCGGAUAUGGCGGGGGGCAGGGGCAGGGUUUGGAACGGCUGACGUCAUCCAUCCCGCAGUGGCAGGCGGAUAUCGAGGCCAUGUCGGCCGGCAGAACGUUCCGAAAGUCGCCGACCAACCCGUCGCCCCACUUGCACGACGUGGACGUGGAGAGCACAUCAUCGGCCGGCAGGGCUUUCAGAAAAUCCACCACCAACCCCACAAUGCAAGAUGUAGACAUGGGGUAUGGCCAUGCCACCCCCCCCAUGACCCCUCCCCCUCAGUACCCCCCACAGCCGCCCCAGGGUCCUCCUGCUACAGGAGGUGGCGGUGGUGGUGCUCCGGGCGUGCCGCGACUGCAGAGAAACAGCAGCGCGCGCAGCACGUGCAGCAUGAUGAGCAUGCCGGGCGGCAGCAAUGAUGACCCGGGCGGCGCGCCGGUUCGGCGGGACAUGGGCCCGAUGGUGGAGGCGCUGAAUUUCGGGUCAGGUGUGGACCGGCGGGCAGCCGUGCGAGACAUCCGGACAGCGAUCAAGGGCUGCCCGGAAAACAAAGCGCAGCUGGUGCAGCUAGGGGGGAUAGAACCUCUAGUCGAAGUGAUCGAAUCAGACGACUUAGAAGCAGCAGAACACGCCGUGGCUGCUCUCAUGAACCUUUCCCUCCACUGGAACGCGUCGGGGGAGAUUGUACGAGCAGGCGGGAUACCCGCGCUGGUAGGCAUGCUCAACCACGGAACAGCGGCCUCGCAAGGCAACGCUGCUGCCACUCUGUUUGCCCUCUCCAAAGAGGACGAUCACAAGCUCAUGGUCCGAGCGUCGGGGGCCAUCCCUGCGCUCAUCUCUCUCCUCAAAACCGGCACGGUGCGAGCAAAGAAAGAUGCCGCUCUGGCGCUCUUCACUCUCUCCACGCAGGUCCGCUGCGCCCGGGAUAUUCUUAAAGCCGGAGCUGUGGAGGUCCUCCUAGGCAUGUGUGGUUCGGGCGACUCCGCCGACCCUCCCCCGCCAGGCUUGGAAGAGAAAGCCACGGCAGUGCUGUCGAACCUGGCCCGGUUCCCCGAAGGGUGCCAGUCGCUGGUGGAGUGCGACGGACUCACCAUGUUCGUUGAUCUUCUCGACGAGGGGUCCUCGGCGCGCGUGAAGGAGGACGCGGCGUCCGUGCUGCUGCAGCUGGCGGCCAUGGGGUUUGUCACGUACGGGGACUUGCUCGCGGAGGGCGUGCUGCCGUCGCUGGUGCGCGUGUCGCAGACGAGUGCUGAGAACUCGGAGGCCAAGACGCUGCUGCAGAUCCUGCGGCAGCACUGCGCGGAGAACAAGCGGUGA